ACGUCACGAUCAGCUGUCGGAAGGUCCCGAUUUGUGCGGGGGAGCGGCGGGCGCUCGCCACAACCGCGCCAGCCCCGCCGGUACCGGGCACUACCUCAGCGCCUCCCCGCCGCUCCCUCCCGCCGCUCCCCGCCGCUCCCCGCCGCUCCCCGCCGCUCCCCGCCGCCGUGCCGUUACGGGCGAGGCCUUUGCACUGAAGCCAAGUGAAGAACCUCAGAAUUGCACUACACCCCAUUUAACGCAGCUACAAUUUCACUAGCAGCAAAGCGUCUCUGCCACCACUGAGACCUUUGAGGGCUGUUUUUUUCCCCUCCCUGCCCGUCGUUCCCGUCUCCUUGCCUGGAAGCCGGUGCUCAGCAGUAGCUCUAACUCACUGCCCAUCCCAGUGGACCGCUCCCCACCAUGUUUCAGCGUCUCACCAGCCUCUUCUUCAGCGACAACAACCCGCUGGAAGGCCUGGAAGAGCCCAAACCCUUUGUCGAGGAGGAGGAGGAGGAGGAUGGCUGGCUCGUAAUUGAUCUUGCAGGCAGCCGUGCCCGCCCCGGCGCAGCCCGGCGAGUGGGUGCUGGCGGUACCGGGCGCUCGGUGCGAUCUCGCCCGACACCCCCCGGUCCGCCACCGCCGCCGGCCGCUUCCCCGGCUCCGGCCGGUCCCUGCUUGAUGGACGAGAGUUGGUUUGUCACCCCUCCCCCCUGUUUUACUGCAGAGGGGCCCGGCCCCGAUGGCGUGGGGAGCAGCCCCAUGGAGGACCUGCUCAUCGAGCACCCCAGCAUGUCCGUCUACGUCACCAGCACCCUCGAGGUGGAUGGGGAGGGCCCCGAGGACGAUGCUGCCGGGGAGGUGCCGGAGCCCCGGCUGGAGCGGCACGUGCCGCACCACAGCAGGUCCCUCUCGGUGAAGGCCGCCAUUUUGGAGAAGGUCGGGCAGGCGCGGCGGGUGCAGCGGGCCAAGCAGCUGGCGGAGAAGCACCAGCUCAGCCAGAAGGCGCUGCAGCGGCAGAACCGGGCCCGCCAGCGCCCGCUGCGCCGGGCCAAGCAGUACGCCGGGACCUUCGUCCACCAGCCCUGCCAGCGCCACUGCAACUACUGACCUCGCCGGGACGCCCGCGCCGCCUUCCCCCGGCGCAGGGAGACCUCACACCCCCCCCGCCCCGGUUUCAUCCACACACCCCCACACACCUGCGCCCCUGACCCCCCACUCCUCGUCUUCCUUCCCCCCACAACUUCACCCGUCCCUUUGUCCCCGACGCCGGCCAGGCCAGCAACCCCUGGAGCGACCGGCAUGGAGGGCCACGCCGCCCCCCCGCCCCCCAACCCUUGCAGCCAUGCCAGCCUUCACGCGGGAAAUCGGUAUUCCCGGUGAAAUCACUCAUUUCCAAAAUCCACGGCGAAGCCUGUUUGUCCUGACGAGCCUGUGACGUCAGUGCCUUUCUUCAUGACUCCACGUAUAGCCAGGCUGGGAUGUCACAAGCGGAGACACCGAGCGGAAGUGAAAAGAGCUACGACGUGACAAGAUUUGGGAUUUUUAGGAAAAAUCUCAUCGAUGACACUAAAUAAUGCUUCCUCCCCCCAAAACCAGCAAAUAACCUCCUUGAUUUCUUAAUGAUGUUUUUACCGUGCUAAGACAAAAACCCCACUGCCCGUCCCAUAAAGGGCUUGUCGUGGGGAAGAGCUGGUGGAAAUCUUCGUGGCAGGGUCAGCCGGGCAGCUCGCGGUGCCUCAUGGUGGUUUUUUUUUAAAGACAACCUUAAAAGCAAUCUCAGGAAACAAAGCACCGUCCCAGCACCUCACCGGAGCCCUCGACGGCUGUGCCGGGAGGGGGUGGCCAGUGAAGGUGGCCAGAAGAUGGCCAGCGGGAGCAGCACCAUGACCGGUGGUCCCACCGAGCUGCUGGCUGCCUCGUCCGAGCGAGACCCCCUCCUCCUGGAGCCACUCAUCUGCCCAAGCCGCACCUAUAUACGUACAUCUAUACGUAUAUGUGUGUAUAUAUUUAUGUAUAUAUUCGGAAGAGGCACCGUUUAAGCCAAGGAGCAUCGGCUGCCCCAGUGUUAAUCCCUGGGAGGGGAGCGGAGACAGGGACUCUGAGCAGCUUCCCCGAGGUGGCAAAAGCACGUCGGAGCUGGUGGUGAAGGGAUGCCGAAGAGGAGGCCGGAGGGAAGAGGCUGAAGUAAGGGCAGAGAUGGACCUGGGAGCGGUUGCAAAGGGACAGGAUGGGGCAGGCCCGGUCGGUGGGGCCGGGCGAGGGGAUCGCUGCAGUGAAGCUGUAAUGGAAACGCCUUUUUCCUCACGAAAAAAUUGCAUCCUUUCCCACGAAGGGCCAAAUUCCGUCAUGGGCAACGCUGAUUUUUUAAUGCAAAUCCCUCCCCUCCCCAUGUCAGACUCAUUCUGCCUUUCAAAGGACACGGUCCAGGCUUUUCGCCGGCUCCGGCACCAGCUGAGGUGGCGCCGAACCCAGCAGAAAUUUGCUGUUCCCCCCCCUCCCCGCCCAGCUCCCUCCCGUUAGAGACUGAUUCUGCACUCCGUGCCCUUGGGGAAGAUGUGGCCAUCGUGUCCUGCUCGCAGCCAGCUCAUAGCCCGGAUUCCCACCCUCCGAGACAAGAAAUACCCCAGCCCCCCCCCCCCAAUUGAUGAUUUCACAGGAGUUUCUUCCAUUCACCGUGUUAUAUCCCUUAAUAUCAUUUUGGGAGCUGAUAUUUAUUAAUUUUUUGAAUGAGAUUAGACACAAACCAAACCCUCUUACAAGCACUAGCCCCCAGCUCUGUGCCCUGGGAGCCUGGACCGUGGGGGAGGUGGCUGCUGAUGCUCACCUGCUGCGUUUAUCUUCCGCUCCGAUGACACGGUGUUCCCAAAAGCACAGAAAGAAUGAAAAAAAAAAAAACCAAACCAAUUUCUAAUAGCUCUUUUCAGCCUUUCCCUUUCAAUUCUUCCAGGCCAGUUUCUUGUUUCGAGUCCUCCUGAGACCCAGCACCCUCAUCACACGAGUGACGUGGUGCCUCCUGCCCCCCUGGCUGUGGCAGCCGGUGCCCGCUGGGGCGGCAGAGAUGCUGGGCCGUAUUCUGCGCCCGCCGCACCGGUUUGGUCCGCUGCUUUUUCAGCCUUUCUGGUGAGCGCGGUGGCACCGGAGCUGGUUUUUCACAGCCGGUGGUUUAUCAGCAAAGAGUUCCCCCCCCAUCCCUCGGCAUCGCCCGCCACUCCCUGGGCCUUGCCACAACCACCAUCCCUCGCCGCCAAACCUAAGACCAUGCUGGAGAUCGCCCUGCUUCAUCUCGGGUGUCUUCUCGGCGAAGAGACUGAUGACUCCGUGACUUGAGGGGACUGUUUACAUCCUUUGGCUUCCCGGACUUCACAUUAAAUGCCUUUUUUUGCCCCCCCCCCCAAAGUGAUGCCUGGUAUGAACCGGGAGCGUGGCGUUUGUAGGGAUGGUGGCACUGGUGCUUGUGACGACAAGCAGGCGCUGAGCCUGAGCUCUCGGGUGUCCGAUGGGUGUCCGAGGAGGUGCUGCUCUUUCCCGUGUGUCACUGGGUGAUCUGCUCUGUGGCCACCGGGCGACGGCGUUAGAGGAAGCAUUUUCUCUGGAGCCUGAAUAGACAUCGAGAAGUGGACAAGCCAAGCAACGUCCUGCCUCCCAGCCUGUUCUCCAUUGCAAAUUCUCCUCCUGCACAUCUGAGAUGCUGACAGUCCUUCCGGAGCACUCCCGAAAGCAGAGGCUGGCUGCGACACCGUCACCCCCUCUGCAGCUCCCAGGGGAAGAUGGGCCGGGGGGCAGCGAGUUUGGCUGGGAACGGCAUCACCGGGGCCGAUCCUGCCACGUCUCUCCUACCAGGCCUUCCCGUGCCCACCAGUCUGCUUGCAAACGGUACCCCAGUAGGAGAAACCCCUCAUCGAAAUCCUCCUCAUCCGUCGUGACCCAGAAACCCUUGGCUGAGCUCCCGGGGGCUCGGCGCAGCCAUGGCUGCCGACGGCCGGCGCCCAGCACCCGGUUCAAACGGCCGAUGUUGUUAUUCCGUCCUGGUUUUCGGAAGCGAACGCAAACUGUUUUCUUCUCCUUUCUUCUUUCUGUGCCAGUCUGAGACAUCUUUCGUCACGCUGUGCCCAGCCAGCACAGGACAGGAAGCAGAACGGUUAUCACACUUUAUAUCAAGAGUAUGUUUAUAAAGGAUUAAUAAAUUAUUAAUAAUGUUUUCAUGAAGAGGUUAAUCCAGAGUCCUAGCAUCCCGCAGGUCAACGGAGUGCGCUUACCACAGCAUAUAUGGGCUCCCGCGACCCCCCCACCCCGUUGUUUGCACACUCGCUCGUGUAUUAACGUCUAGUAAUCACCUAUUAACCCCCCGCAAAGCGACGGUCGAUCCACCAGUGUGACCAGCUCUUCUUACGCUGCGGCAAAGGUGUGUUCAAACUGCGCUUUGCAGAAGCCCUGCGAUGCGCCUCUCCUGCCCAACGGCGAGCACAAGACCUGGCCCGAUACCAAAUCUCCUGCCCGGUGUUGCCAGAGCAAGAAAACCCCUUUACACCGAGGUUACGAAUCUCCUCGAAUCUUAAAACAAACGAAAGGUGCUUAAAAACUGAGAACUUUUCCUGUCUGUGCACAUGUGUGCACAUGUAGAUAUUUCACAACAUGGCAUGGGUGUCCGGUAGGUUGUUUCGGGGUGCGGGUUUUAGUUUUUUAGGGGGUUGUUGAUUUUUUUUUCCUUCCUCCCCCCCAGUAUUUUCAAUCUGUGGCUAGCUGUGCGAUGCUCCCGACGGGAAGGCGAAGCAAACACAGCGCUGGCUGGCAGGGAGGCCCUUGGGCUGGUGUCCUGCUUGGAAGGCUGGGAGGAGCCUUGCUUGCUUUUCUUUACUCGCGUAGGGGGAAACUACAGCAUGGACUCAGGGACAAACAAACACGCUGGGGUCUUUAAAAAUGUGGGUUUGUUUUUUUUUUCCGGGCUUCUCUGUUGGGAUGUGGGGUUUGUUUCUGUCUGUGAGGCUUUCGGUUGCGCCGUCCUGAAGGAUGCUGUGGGGAUGCGGCCGAAGCCUUUGGCAGCACGUGUCCGUGAGAGGCCGCGGGGUUUGAUGCUCCCACGUAGCGACCACACGGAAAAGGAGCUGGGGCCACUUGUGGUGAGACCGUCCCUGAGCGGUGGCCCGCUCUCUGUUUGCCCGUGUCCCGAAAAUUCACCUUACAGCUGCUAGAACGUGGCUGGUCCCUCCUCGGGCUUGUUCGGGAACAAGCAGGUACGGAUUUUAAGCAACGAGCCUCCCCAAGGAUUUGGGAAGCGAAGCGGAGCUGGGCUUUCUGUGUCAGCCGCAACUGGCCUGGCUCCCACUGCGGCCCUGGGAUGGGGGAAGCCAUCGGAGCAGUCACGUGGAGAAACGCUGCUGCGGGUGACAGGCAGGUUUGCGGGAGGAAAUGUUUGCAUUUCUUGCAAUGAAAGCAUUAAAAAAAAAAAAAUAAAAAUGCCAGCUUCGCCUGGGCAGCGCGGCUGUGCUGCCGACGUGGCUGUGGGGGCUCGGAUGGCCCAGCAGCAGCUCCCCAGCCCCACGCUGGCACCGCAGCAAGGACCGGGCAUGGCCGGGCAGGCGUGGGGACGUGGGGACGCUGCAGCACUGCCGGGAGCUGGUGGAGGCAGCAGACCCCUGUGGUGGAAAAAAGUCCUCUCCACCACUCAAAGUCCCCAUGGGGUAGGGCGUCUUCUCUGAGCAAGGCACGAGAGAUCUGCAUCUCAGUCGCCUUCUUUCGGUACGGGGCAGGGCAGCCCGGCUCCGCAGCAGUGCCAUGGAUGAACCCCCCGCCCCGAAGCGAGUGGCGAGGCUUCCCCCCAGCCAUCGGGACAAGACCAGGAGAGGCCGCCCUCCUGGAGAAGUGCCCCCUCUCGAGAUGGAAACCAGAUCACGCCAGGACACGGCUAAACCCGCGUAUCCCCGUGCGAGCCAUCUCCUGGGGCAGCUCCCCGCGCGGCUCCGCUUGCCGCGAAGGCAGGCCAGCAGCCACGGCAUGGGCAGGACACCUCGCCGGCAGCCACGUCGACCGCAACAAAGUCCUUUCACCGAAUUUUGGCUCUCGCUUGCACUGCAAAGCUUGGGGGAGCUGCCAGGGAAGGUGGGGCAACAGGCCUUGUCACCCGAUGCUCUGAAACAUGCGCUCACAAAUGCGCUUUCCAAAAAAACUCUGCUGUAAAAGCUCGAUCUGGAAGGGAAGAGAUUCUUCCCACGGGAGUCAGCGUUUCUUUUUCAUCACGGAUAACACAAACACAUGGCUCAUCCCGAAGAUCGCCGCUGUGGGAAUCUUCGCUCUUUGUUUAGGCGUUUUUCUAAUCAAUAGGUAAUUUUACAUUUACAUCUUACAUUCAGCUCUGCUGGGGAGGAAAAAAAACAACCCAUUGGAUGUCUUGUCGUACCAGCCAGAACAAAAAAAAAGAAAAAGAUAAAAAAAAUGCUCCAGUGAAGUUCUAGACUUGACUCCCAGCUUUGCAAGCGCUUCUGUGGGGCAAAAAAAUACCAGUUCCAGUGCGCCGCAUAAAGCGGAAAUUAAAUUUCAGGUGAAUUUAUUGAAAAACAAGCACGUCCCCAAAGAUGCAACCAGAGAAUAAUUAGAAACCAGCCAGUACAAAGCGGUAGGACACCUCCAGUCAAGAAAAAGGGUUCUCAGCAUCUGCCUGUUGCUGCCUGGCCGAAGGCAGUGCCGAGCCUCCCCCGAGGCUUCCCCGAGUUGUCUGGGUUUAAAACAAGAGGCCACCCGCGUCCAGCUGCUGCCGCGGUGACUCUCUGGUCACCGGAGAGCGUCAACAGCCACCAUUUCCCCCGGUGGCACGGAUGUACCUCCAGCCUGCCGUGCCUCCUUUGCUCUCUGCGCUCAGAAAUAGCUGCUGGCGGUGAGGGGGAUGCGCCAGUACCCCGGCACCCCCCCAGUCCUCAGGGUUUCCCCCCCCACCAAGUCCUUCUCCACCACAGGACUGUGUCUGGUGACCUCCUCAGCACAGCGGCUUGCAGGGAGCAGAGCCCGAGGACAGCCACCCACCACGCUCGCAGCCUCUCCAGCCCACCGCCGUAGAAUCAAUCAUAGAAUCAUAGAAUCUUCAUGGUUGGAAAGGACCUUUGGGAUCAUCGAGUCACACCAGCCGGGGACACUGAAGUGGGGGUUGAUGGCCUCGGGGUUUCUCUUCUUCAAGACGGAGCUUUCCAUCUCUGCCCUUUUCUCCCAGCUCUGCUCAGGACAAUGGGAAAGUCAUGGAUAAUUUCCCUGCACCUUCAAGGGCUCAGUCCUCGUCCCAUUGACGCGACAAGAGCGGCUGUCAGGCGUCACAUGAAUGUGGCCGCAGAAGCUGGAUGAAGCGGUGGGAGAGGCUCUGCGUGGUUGGGCAAGUCCCUCUUUGGGCAAGGGGCGUCCUCAGAGCCAUCAGAGAUGCUGCCUUCUCCCCAGCUCGACUCCAGGACGCUGGUGGUGGUGGAAGCACACGUCAGCCGCGGGCCCUGGACCACCAGCCGCAGCUUGGGCAGGAGGUGUCCCCACGGCCACCCGCGUCGUGCCGUUCAUCGAUGCACCGUCAAACAGCCUUUCUUUUGGCUUCUCGUUAACCAGACCCACAACUCUUUCCUUCGAAGGGUGAAGACGACAAAGAUGAGCGGCUCCGUUUAGCAACCAAGAUGGCUCUUACGUGCAGUCCUUUUUUAAAUUCUUUUUCAUAGAGGGGUGACACCCAGGGGUGUGUGUGUGUGUCCCCUUACACUCACUCUGAGCUAACACCUCCUGGGCUGGGUGGGGGGCGGGGGGGUUUGCUUUUCCAGCCCCAUACGCAGAGCAGGAGGGAUGCUACCGCGUGAAAACACUGCCAGGAAGCUUCGGCUCUCUUACAGCUAACCACGAAAAUCCCGCUGCCUUCCGCUCCUAUUUUAUCACUGGGGGGGUGGGGGAGAUUUUAUUCCUUGCAAAUGGAGGGGGGAAACCACCACAGUAAAUUGUAAGCGUAGCUUAAAAACGGGUUGCGCCGGGGAGCCCAACGUCACCUCGCGUAUCCCCGUCAGGGACGCCGGGGGCAGCUGUUGCCCAAGUCUCGCUGAAAUCUGCUCCUCGGGGUGGUACCGACACAAUUACGCUUUGGGAAAUCUAGGGGUGAGGAACCAGCGCAAGGCGUUAACAGUGAAAUAGUAAGGUUUUUCUCGUGUAUCUGAAAUAUAUCCGUACAGAGCCACUGAGCACUGCAAUAUUUUAUUCGUAUGUAUCGACCUUAGGUAUUCCGCUUGUAAAGCUCAUCCACGCGCGUUAUCCAUCUCCACGUCGGACUGACUGUACUUGUGCCUUUCACCCUUUUUCAUGGUUGGUCACCUUUUUUUUUUAACACAACUGCAGAACUUGAAUAAAUCAGUGAACUACAGUUAAAAGUCCUAUGCAAGAGGUGACUGGGGAGUCAGUUCUCGAGAUUUCUGUGUUUCUAUGGCGUUUUAAAAGUAGACACUGGGAUUUUCAGAGAAGCCUAACAGAAUUAAUGCCCUAAAAAGCAUUUAGGUUUGGGGGUUUUUUUGUUGUUUUUUUUUUUUUAAAGCUAAAAAGCAUUUAGCAUUUCGGCUGCUAAAUCUCUUAGGCAGCUUUGAAAAGCUCAGCCCAAACCCCAGUUCCUCACCGGUUUGUGCGUGGAGAGCGAGCAGGAGCGGCAAGAACGAGCACCAGCCCUUCGCCAGGACGGACGGCGCGUUCCAGAGCCGGUGUUUUCCUUUCAAGAGAAAGGAGAAGAAAGCGCUAUUCGGUCGGGAAAAGGUUGCCUUAAGCCUUCCCUAAAACGUGUCGGAGAACGUUGACGGUCCCCGGCCGCCAGCCCUGCGCCCCCGGCCCGGGGCGUUGCGGAGGACCCACGCCGGGGAGCAGACGCCCAGGCAGCGGGUCUCGGCCAGCCGCGCGCUGCCGGAUGCCUUACAACAGUGGGACGAACUUCCACACCGGGAUGUUGAGAAGGAAAAAAUAAAAUAAAAUAAAAAAAAAAAAAAAAAAGCCCCACGUUUUUCUACAUCACCUAUGCUGUAGGACUGCAACCUCGUCCGAAACUCGAAGCUAACAAAAUAACGUCCUUUUUGUGUGUUACGUGUUAAAUCGGUGUAAGCAAGGUUAGUAGAGAAAGGGUGUCUACUUGUCGUAGGACAUUGUUUAACCAUUUGCCGUGUGUCAACAGACCGAAGGACACGACUGCCUGGAAUACGUUACGUAGCGUGCCUGUGCGUCUGUAACCUGGUUUUGGUUUUUAGGUUGUAAUGCUGUCUUUUGACUGAAAAAAAAAAAAAAAAAAUCUAAUAUAAAGAAAACCCACAAGAAAUAAUAAAAAAAAAUAAAUAUAUAUAUUUAAACUCUA